CUUUAUUUUUCCCAUCCGUGCUAGCCCUACCUUUCUCCCACCAAAAAUUUCGCAUUGCCAAUUGAAAGUGACCUGAACUUCGGUAAUUUUCCACGAGCGCAAAUCCAACAUUCAAUCUUCGAGUUCGUCCUCCCAGAUCAAUCAACACACCUAGAUCACACAAUCCACCAGGACAGAUCUACCACAAUGUCGACCGCCGAACUUGCCUCGUCCUAUGCGGCGCUCAUCCUCGCCGAUGAUGGUGUUGAGAUCACUGCCGACAAGCUACAGACCCUUAUCAAGGCCGCUAAGGUCAUUGACGUCGAGCCCAUCUGGACACAACUCUUCGCUAAGGCUCUCGAGGGCAAGGAUGUAAAGGACCUGCUAUCGAACGUUGGCUCGGGCGGUGGUGCUGCUGCUGCCGGUGCCGGCGCUGCCGCUGCUGGUGGUGCCGGUGGUGCUGCUGAGGAGGCUAAGGAAGAAGAGAAGGAAGAGGAGAAGGAAGAGUCAGACGAGGAUAUGGGAUUCGGUCUUUUCGACUAAACGUUACGUUCUGCGAUCACGAAUACUCACCUUCCCUUUGUACUUUCACUGCAUGGUUCUGGGGUUCCAUACACCAUUGGUGUGGCGUGAAGGAGGCAACAUUAGGAUGCCAUGGGCAAAGUUCACCCAGUCAUAGGUUAAUAUGACGAUGCGCUUAACAAUGAAAUCGUUUGAGACCAAAGUAC